AUGGAAGAAUAUCAGAACAUCAUAUGUGCAUUUGCUCAGACUGCCAAACAAUAUUAUAUGUGGAUUGCUAUGAAUGUUGAUACAAAUGAUCGCUUUCUCGUACAUAGGAAAUUACAAGAAAUGAUAAGUGGAUUGAGUUUUGCAUGUCUGCCAGUUGUUGCUCUGACCAAGUGGAUAGAAAAGGAUACAAUAAAUAAAAUUGUAAUUUCCCUUGUUGUUGUAAUCUGGUUUCAAAAUUAUUUCCAUCGACUGAUACUGCGGUAUCACCCAGAGGAGCCAGGUGCUGAUGCUGACACAGAACGAAUCUUUUAUCAGAUAGCAGAGGCAUAUGAUGUUCUUCGAGAUCCCCAACGACGAGCUGUGUAUGACCAGUAUGGUAUUAAAGGCCUUCGUGAAGGAGUCCCUGGGCCUGAAGAGUAUAUUAAAGCUUAUCACUAUCAUGGUGAUCCAAUGAGAACUUACCGGGAAUUUUUUGGUACAGAUAGCCCUUUUGCUGACUUACUAGAUGGUGUCACAUUCCCAAAGCCAAUAUACAGGACGCCUGAGCUCUGCGGUUAUAAGAAGAAAGAAGACACCAUAUACAGGCCUCUACAUCUGACUCUGGAAGAAGUAUUCCAUGGGGGAAUAAAGAAACUGAAAAUGACCAGACUUGUACUUCGAGAGGACCAGAUUACAACAGAAGCACAGGAACAAGUGCUGAGAGUAAAUAUACAGCGAGGGAUUCUGCCAGGAAGUGAAUUCUGCUUCCCUGAAGCAGGGAAUCAGGGGCAUACUUUUAUUCCAGCUGACAUAAUGUUUGUGACUGAAGAUCGUCCCCAUGAGAGAUUCAGAAGAGAGGGCACUGACCUCAUCAUGGUGGCUCAUAUAUCACUGCUUGAUGCCCUAAUAGGCUUAACAAUCACAGUCAACACACUAGAUGGGCGAACACUUCAUGUUCCUAUUACUGAUGUUGUACAACCAGGUUACAUCAAAAUUGUGGACAGUGAGGGGAUGCCUUUAAUGGAAGAUCCCGAUAAACGUGGAAAUCUGCAGAUCCAUUUUGAUAUUGAAUUCCCAAAGUAUAUACCCCGUCCUGGCAAGGUGCUCCUGCGCAAGGCAUGGGAUGCAAUUACUAAAGGUGGUCUCCAAGGUGGACCAGAAGAUAUUAACAGACUCAUACUGCACGACAAAAUGAGACGUGUGCGGCCUAUGGAAAAGCUUCCUCCAACAAUAUAG